GCCAAGGUUGUUCUUUCAGCGAAAUUGUGAGUGAAAGCGUCGUUGUAUCAAAGAUGGCGUGCCUUCUAAGCGCAGAACAGCAAGAGCUUAAACGAAUACAUAAAAAAAUAGAGCGGCAGUUGAGAAAAGACAAACGAGAUGCCAGGAGAGAACUAAAGUUGCUGUUGUUGGGCACUGGCGAGAGUGGCAAGAGCACGUUCAUCAAGCAGAUGCGGAUAAUCCAUGGUGCGGGCUACUCAGAGGACGAUAAACGGUGGUUUAUCAAUAUCGUGUAUCAGAACCUCUUCAUGGCCAUGAAUGCAAUGAUUCGUGCAAUGGACACGCUGAAAAUCAACUUUAACGACCCGAAUAAUGAAGGCAAUGCUAGCCUCGUUCGCCAGAUCGAUCACGAACACGAGACAGUGUCUACCUUCGAGCAGCAGUUUGUGGACGCCAUCAAGGCGCUGUGGGCAGAUAGCGGUAUACAGGAAUGCUACGACAGGCGGAGGGAAUAUCAGCUGACAGACUCUGCUAAAUACUACUUAGAUGAUGUUGAUAGGAUCGCUCAGCCUGACUAUCUGCCAACGCUGCAGGAUAUUCUCCGAGUAAGAUCCCCGACCACUGGGAUCACAGAAUAUCCAUUCAACUUGGAUAGUGUAAUUUUUAGAAUGGUAGAUGUUGGCGGCCAGAGGUCAGAACGGCGCAAGUGGAUACACUGUCUUGAAAACGUUACGUCCAUAAUGUUUUUAGUAGCGUUAAGCGAAUAUGAUCAGGUGUUAGUGGAGUCAGCCAAGGAGAACCGGAUAGAGGAAUCAAAGGCCUUGUUCCGCACUAUCAUCACAUACCAGUGGUUUCAAAACUCUUCAGUCAUAUUGUUCCUCAACAAGACGGACCUUCUAGAGGAAAAGAUUAUGCAUUCGCACUUAGUCGAUUAUUUCCCGGACUUUGAUGGUCCAAAGAAGGAUUCACAGGCUGCUAGAGAGUUUAUAUUACGGAUGUUUGUGGACUUGAAAAGAAUUAUCUACUCGCAUUUCACUUGCGCCACAGAUACCGAAAAUAUCCGGUUAGUGUUUGCAGUAGCGAAAGAUACUAUUUUACAGCGUAACUUGAAGGAAUACAAUUUAGUGUAAAAAAAAAGCGGCGAAACGCUUGUGGAGUCGUCAUGAAAAGUGACCUUGAUUUUUAAACCUUCAUUUCUACAUCGGUGUGACUGUUGUAAAAACAGUUAUACGGCGCUUGUAAACAAAAACACACACACAGUGCCCGGACGAAUCAUGCAAGAACGAUUAUUUUCUACAUGGAAACCGUUGCCAUAGUAGUUUUCUAUGACGCAAACAUGAUAGGGUUGUUCCGUCGUCUUUAAAGACUCAGCCAUACUAUGUCGGCCAUUUUCCUAUGUGUUUGUUUGACAUCAAUUUAUAUAUUAUUAAAACUAACCUGCGCUGUUUUUCGACGAUCUAUGGGAAAGUGAUAACUGCUUUGUGGAUAUGUUAUUUACUCACAACUUUGGCGUUUGACGCUGUGAGGAAUUGACUCUUGAAAAUUUGAAGUAACCGACGAAACUUCAAACGAAGCAGUUUAAGUUAUCAGCAAGAUUAUACAUGAGCAUACAUGCGAAACUGCAUUUUAUAUUCCCAAGGAAACAACAUCACUUGUCAUCCUAUUUUGAUGGAUGGCAUUGACAUGAAAACAUAAAUUCACCAGUCAAAAGCCAAGUGAACAGCGGAAUUUUGCCUUCCGUGCCAGCUUACAGACAAGUGUUUGUGUAGAGAAUUUCAGAAAUGAAAUGCAUUGUAAUGUAUUAUUGAUUGUAUAUUCUUUACAAACAUCGUAAACAAGAAUGGUAGCAUUUUAGAAGUGAUUAUUCAAGGGUUUAACGGAAAGCUUGUGUCAUCUGAUAUGUAAAUGUGAAGGAUAAAGUUUUUUAUUCAUACCUAGCAAGUUUGUGCUUCAGUCAACGAUUGUGUUCCGCACAUGAAAAUUGUUAUCCCCACGCUUUUUGAAAAGCGGAGGGAUAUUGUGGUUAUCUACGGCCGUUUGUCCGUUCGUCCGUCCGUCCGUUCUGGCCACUAUCUACUCCUGCACUAUAAGCACUAGAACCUUGAAACUUACACAAAUGGUAGCUAUGAGCAUAUGUGCGACCCUGCACUAUCUGGAAUUUUGAUCUGACCCCUGGGUCAAAAGUUAGGGGGGUUGGGGUGGGGCCGGGUCAGAGAUUUUCACUCAUGUUUAUGCCCCUGGUAUGGUGCAUUGGCCAUAACUUCUGCAAUAUUGAAGAUAGCAACUUGAUAUUUGGCAUGCAUGUGUAUCUCAUGGAACUGCAUAUUUUGAAUGGUGAAAGGUCAAUGUUAAGGUCAUCCUUCAAGGUCAAAGGUCAAAAAACAAAUCCAAGGGAAGUUAAAAGCUUUAAAGGGAGGUAAGUAAUGAACCUUCCAAAUUAUAAAUCAAAGCGGCGCAUUAGGGGACAUUGUGUUUCUGACAAAACACAUCUCUUGUUGUAUGUUAUUUUACAUUAACUUCUUCAUAUCUACACCGAUUCACUUCCAAUUGAUACUGAACAUCUCUUAUGACAAUACGGUCAAUCUCAACUAUGCAUGGCCCCAUUACCAACCCUGCCCCCUUGGUCAAACAUGCGGCGUGGGGAUACGCGUCGGCCUCUGCCGCGCCAUUUCUAGUUCAUAAUUAAAAUAGGUCAAUAGUUUUCACAUGUGAUUAGGUGAAUGUUCAUUUGUUAUUUGGACAUGUUCUUUACAAAUAGCUUUUGUAUGAAACGUUCAUUUCAUAAAGGGACUAGAAUGACCCGAAUUCAAGGUUCACAUGACGUUCUUAUCGCAUACAGAUUAUUAAGUAUACAAUUAAUCCAUAAAAUGAGUGUAAUCACUACCAAAAGUACCGCUUUGAUUCUAUGAUACAUUGUCUAUAAGGUUUACUAUAACUUAGUUUAUGGCAAGUGUGACAUUUCAAACUUUGCUUAUACCGAUAUAUAAGUUUGUGUUUAGUUUGGUUUAUGAAAACUCGCUUUCUUAAACAAAUUUGAGAAUGUUAAAUCUUUUAACACAAAACCAAAUAAUGUUAUAAAAAACAUAAUUAAUAAAUAUGUGUUUUAAUCUUAAUGUUUUUGACUGCUUUAAAUCAUAUAAGUUUAAACAGGAACAUAUUGUAACAUUGUUUGAUGUUGACUUGACUUAAA